CAUAUGUCUUAUAGAUAAUCCGCGGUCACACUGCAUACGUGUUAUAAUAAUGACAAAACAACAACAAACAAAAACAACAAACUAACUAUAUAAUGAUUGGCUUAGUCCUUUGGAUGCUGCUACUGCUGCUCUCCAUAUCCAUUGCUUCGUUUAUUUGUUUGCGACAGUGGCUACAAAACAAGAAAAAUAAAUUGCAUGCGUCGUCUUCAGAUAAUAGGGUUUAUGUCGGCAUUUUCCAUCCCUACUGUAACUCGGGUGGUGGUGGUGAGCGUGUCUUAUGGUGCGCCGUGAGAGCUUUGCAGGAAAAGUACCCCAAUGCCAAGAUGGUUAUUUAUACGGGAGACAUAGAUGCGUCCCCGAAUUCAAUAUUAGAAAAAGCUAAGAAUGUGUUCAACAUUGUAAUUGAUAGCGAUAACGUAGAGUUCGUGUUUUUGAAGCAACGGAACUGGAUAGAAUCGAAAACCUAUCCGCACUUUACUUUAUUGGGCCAAAGCCUAGGAUCCAUGCUAUUAGGAUUGGAAGCGCUUUGCAAAUUCCCUCCGGAUGUCUUUAUUGAUACCAUGGGAUAUGCUUUUACUUUUCCUCUAUUCCGAUAUUUGGUUCAGGCGAAAAUCGGCGCCUACGUACAUUAUCCAGUGAUCAGUACCGACAUGUUAAGGAGAGUUCAGAGUCGCCAAUUGGCCCACAACAACAAGAAAUACGUGGCGAGAAAUCCAUUUCUUACUUGGGCAAAACUGACUUAUUACCGCUUGUUUUCAAAGAUUUAUAAAUGGAUGGGCCGUUGCGCUGACACAAUUAUGGUAAACUCCACAUGGACUGAGAAUCACAUAUUACAACUGUGGGAUGUGCCCUUUAAAACGCAUCGUGUGUAUCCUCCCUGUGAAGUGAGCCAUCUUAAAAAUCUUCCGCAUUCAGAGAAAAAUGAUGAGGUUAUCAUAUUAUCUGUGGGACAGUUUCGUCCAGAAAAAGACCAUCCAUUGCAACUACAAGCUAUGUAUGAGCUAAGAACUUUAUUAGCACAAGAGGAAUCCCUUUGGAAUAAAAUACGACUCGUCAUUGUGGGCUCCUGCCGAAAUAAAGAUGACUACGAGAGGCUGAAAAACAUGGAAGAUUUGUCAAAGCAUUUGUCUCUGGAAAACUGUGUUCAAUUUCAUGUGAAUGUUUCGUAUGAUGAUCUUCUGAGGCUAUUUCAAAGUGCUCAUAUUGGAAUACAUACCAUGUGGAAUGAACAUUUUGGAAUUGGAAUUGUUGAAUGUAUGGCAGCUGGUCUUAUAAUGGUAGCUCAUAGGUCUGGAGGUCCUCUACUCGAUAUCAUUGAAACCUCUGAAGGCAGUCAAAACGGAUUUCUCGCAACUGAUGCAGUUGAGUAUGCGGAAAAUAUAUUAAAUAUUAUUCUCGAUUCGUUUGACACAAAUAGAAUUCGAAAUGCGGCAAGAUCAUCGGUGGAGAGAUUUUCUGAACAAGAAUUUGAAAAAGGUUUUUUACGAGCUACCUCAACCUUGUUUACAGACGUAUAAAGCCCAAAAGGAAUAGUAUUUCCACCCCGCAAGAGAGCCAUUCUACUCCAGUAGGACAUAGAACAUAAAGAACUAGGGGAUUAUGCCCCAACCGUUUAAGACUGUGGUAGUUAUUAUUCUGGCACCCCGCCAGGCUGAAGCUCUGAGUGUAACGUGCUUCACGUGUUUUGUAUUUUGAUCGCUGCCGCCAAUCUGUGGAAUCCCCACUGGGCAGUCACCGGCACCUUUCGCGUGGGCCAAUGACACCUUGACGCCCAGUUCCAACAAGCGCAACCCACAGCCACCGGUUUUCGAAGAGUUGAACUUUCAACUCUAAGGUAUUUUCAGCUAUUUAGGCAAGGUUUUUCCAAUACCAACUUGGUCAAAUAUUUGUUCAGAAAAUAGCAAUCCAAUGUAUGCAUUAUAUUAUUAUUUAUAAUAAUAACACCCAAGUUAUGGUAA